AGACGAGGUGAAAUCUGCAGUGUGAUAUUUUCCUUUUUCCUAAUUGUGUCAAAUAAGCAACUUUUACUCGUACAUAAUGUCGAAGUGAAAAAAGUCGCCAGUUCUUGCAAAUCGUUGAAAUUUGGUUCCAUACGAUUGGAUUCUGGUGGUUAUUUUUACUGCAGAAUAAUUAAAAUAUUCUAAAGAAGUGUUUGCUGGGUCUGCCAAUCGCCAACAAAAAGAUUCCAAUCGCGGAACUGGGAGGUUGGUCUCGGACAGCAGUAAGAAGUAGGAAAAAAUAAUGGGUGCUCUUACUAGUCGACAAAAUGCAGCCGUGGAAGAAGCUGAUGUGAGUUCAAAUCAUCAGUAUAAGUACCCACCUAGAUCAGGAAAUUAUUUUGGUACACAUUUUAUUAUGGGAGGAGAACGUUUUGACACCCCACAGCCUGAAGCUUAUCUCUUUGGCGAAAAUGCUGAUUUGAAUUUUCUAGGGUGCAAACCAACUCCCUUUCCGUACCCCCCACCACAAGUUUCGGAACCAACAAAAACUUUAAAGAGUUUAAUAAAUAUCCGUAAGGAAUCCGUUCGUUUUGUUAAGGUUACGGAUUGUGCAACAAAGAUGCAUGGUGAUGGCACCAAAACUAGUUCGUACAACAUUGAAUUUGUUUUCGAUGCAGAUGCUCGCUGUGCAAUAACUAUCUAUUAUUUCUGCAUCGAAGAUAUCGGAAGUACUGGAAUCAGUUAUAUUCCUAGAGAUUCUUCAUUGUCGUCAGAAACAUUCCAUUUUAAACGAGGAGUAAACCAAGUGUUUUCGGCACCAACCCAUGUAUUUAGUCCUGGAAUGUUUUCGGAAGAUGAUCUUUCCUACAACUCUGAAAAGGAUACGUUUCCUGUUGUGAUACAUUGCGUUGUGGAAGAAGGGAAUGAUGACUGCCGCCAGAGUCAUACCACCAUAUGUGUGGUAGAUCACCAUUCGGAUGGCACUUAUGCUCUGCGUGCUCUAAAACAAAAGAUAUAUGUUGAUGGGCUCUGUUACUUAUUGCAAGAGAUCUACGGCAUUGAAAACAAAUUGACUAGCAAAUCAUUAGGCGAUGAAGAUACAGAUGAGAAUGGUAGCGAGUGUGUUAUCUGCAUGUGCGACACUCGUGACACACUGAUCUUACCAUGCCGUCACUUGUGUCUGUGCAACUCUUGUGCUGAUUCUUUACGGUAUCAAGCCAACAAUUGUCCGAUAUGUCGGGCUCCAUUUCGAGCUCUGCUUCAGAUUCGUGCUGUUCAAAAAAGUGUACCCGGUUCAAAUAUUCCAGCUGCGCCACAAAACGCACAAGAUAGCACCGAUAACAUUCCUUCGGGUUAUGUACCAGUGUCGUUAAUCGAAGCUUUAAAUGGACCGAUAACUUGUGUCAAGCCUCCAAUUAAUGGGGACACUUCCGAAAAUCCUUUAGAAACCAAUUCAGUAGCACAGAACGAUAAACAAGAUCCUGCUAAAACUACAACAAAAGAAACAGAGAUAAAUGGUUCUCGCGAAAAGUUAAAUCAAAAUGCUGUCGAUUUUCGUAUGUCAGUGCUGCUGUCAAAAGAAGAUGGUACUGUUACAUGUGUAACUAAAGAUCUUUUGACAAAACAUUCUCCACUGAUGCAGCGUGCACCAGCAAGUCGAGACAAAAAUCCCAGAGAAAAGGGCAGCUUACGGAUUCAACCAAACCAUGUGCCCAGUGUCACUAAAGAACCGUCUACUCUUGAACGAGAGAAAAUUCAAUUGGUGAACGAAAGAGCUCAACUUCCCAAUCUAACCGAACAAGAUGAUGAUAGUGAGGCAGAAAAAUUAUCUCCUUUACUUCAGAAAUCGGAACAUGAUACGGCUGAUCCAAACUGUGAUUCGUAUGAAAAAAUGUCGACUAUCACAAGAAUGGCUGCAGAAGAAGGUGAAAAUGUAGACUGUCGAAGUCAAAAAUCAGUCGUCAUUCUGGCUGCUGCUGAAGAUUCCGAUUACUAUACACCAGAAGAUCCACACACUACGAUUCUUAGUCCAUUGAAAGGCAGUGAGGAAAAAACAGAUACUUUAAAAAAGCUCUCAACUCCGUUGACUGCUUUGAAGGAAGCUUCGCAUAGUUCCCUGCCAGACAGUCCAAUCAGUGGAAACUCGCAUACUUCGACAAGAAGUUCCGGGGACAGUUAUUCAUCUAGUUCAAGCACACGACAACUAUUGUCCUCGGUAACUGCUAAUGAAACACCUACUCAUGUAGCCGUUAAUGUCGACUCGUCAACAGAGGGCUUAGUGACACACGAAAUCAAAAUUGGCAACAGUGGUAAAGUUGAUUGUAUUGAUAGCGAUUAAUCCGAUAAACAACCCUCCAGAAAUGAAUUAAAAAAUUUUACACUGCGCAUUUCAACAACAAAUUAAAAGGAGCCAGCAAUUCUACUGAUAGAUUUAGUAGAUACGUUUUGUCUUCAGUGAAAAUGAAUGUUUUCUUACUUAUUCAAUACCCAUCCAUAGCUAUGGCAAAAUAUUUCGUAGACGUAUCUAGAGUGCAAGUGAUGGAUGUAUGUAUUUUAACAAAAAGCUUUUUAUUUUUCAAAUAUCACAUUCAAAUAAACAAAUACAUUGGUUUUAAUGAACAUAA